AUGAAAGAGGCACGAGAUAUGCGAGAUAUGCGAGACUCUCGGAGCGAUAUGCGUGACAGCCGCGAGAUGAACGGCAACACGGCACAGGAGGUUACAUCCAUAACCGAUCUACAGACUAUGCUCUCCCGCUUUUGGGACGCACACUCCCGGCAGUUCAAAGAAAUCGAGGGCUCUCUGACCAACCAACUUUCGACACUCAUCCAAAAGAACGGCUUCCUCUGCCAAAAGAUCGAGAACCUGCAACGCAUCAACACCGACCUGGAAUACAAGUUUUCCAUCACGACAUCAGAGCUGGAGCGGGCACGGAGGGAAUACGCGGAGCUUCAGGCAAAGUACGAACUCCGCAACCACAACUACAAGGAUCUCAAGGAGGUCUGCUAUCAAUUGGAUGCCCAGCUCAACAAGAGGAACGGUAUCGCACCAGAGGAUUCGCUCAUGAAUCGCAUGGAACUUGCUGCCGCUGAUCGCAAGAAGCGGAGAUUGUCGGUGGAUCUCACCGAAAACGAUUCCGACACUGGCUUCUCUCCUUAUGACGAGACAGAACCCGCGGGUGCCAUGGUCACUGCGGCUCCCAUUAUUCGCACCAUCGUACCAGUCGGCAUCGCUUCACAAGGCUCGCCACCUGACGGCGGAGCCACACAAAGCACAUGGACUUGCCUUUGGAAGAGCUGUAACCAAGUCUUUGGUGCCUUGGACUGGCUCGUCAGCCAUGUCGAAGAGUUCCACAUCGGCCUCGGCAAGUCUCAAUAUACCUGCGAGUGGGAGAACUGCGUUGUCAAGCAAAAGCCUUUCCACAAGCACCAUCAGGUGAUUCGUCAUAUGCGCACGCAUACAGGUGAAAAGCCUUUUGUCUGCACAGUUGAUGGCUGCGGGAAGAAGUUUGCACGAUCGGAUUCUCUUCUGGAGCACUCUCGCAAGCACAGCGGCACCCCAGCUGACUACUACAAGAUGAUGGAGAUCAGCGCCCAGCGUGAACAUGACGCCCGCCACUUGAACGGAUUGAUGCUGCAGAUGGACACCAUUCAGGAGCACCAAAUGGCCGACGUUGAUUUUGAUGUUGACGUCAACCCUCUCCCUCCCUCGGGCACCAGUGACCAACCAAAUGGCGCCAGCCGAUCUCCGACCCCAGCACAUCAGCAACAACAGCAACAGAAGCAACAGUACCCUGGCGGCCAAGCACCAUCGGGAGCAGAGCCUAUAGGAGUGGAUGGACCAGAGAGGGAGGAUAUUCGGGAACGCGAGCACGCGAUUCGAGAGACUGGCCCAACCCAGCGCGACGGACCUCCAUUCGAGCCAUCCAAUGGCCUACGUGAGCACUACCGUUCUGAAGGCCCUGGUCAGCAUUCUUCGUCUUCCUCGGCCUACCCACCCACACACCCCUUCCACCCUUCCAACGGACCCCAUCACCACCAGCAACACCAGCGACAGCCACCUCAGGGAUACACGCAGGGCCCUCAUGAUCCCCAUGGCGGCGAGGGACGACAGAUCCAUCGCAGCCGCGGUCAUACCCAUACAUCCUCCUUAGGUCUUUCACGAAUGGACGUUCAAGACUUGAACCGGGCAAGAGAGUCUAGUCAUUCGCACUCCCGUUCGAUGGACUAUGGUCGUGGCGAUCAGCGCCCACGGUACCACCCUAAUGAGAUGGGCCAUUCUCAGACGCCUUCUCUCGAGUACCCUCGCCAGGAUAUGAACUAUCAGCGAAAAGACCGUGGACAUUCCCACACGCCCUCGCUCGAGAUGCCGCCCAUCCCUAACCAGGCGAUGCACCGCCUUGACGACCGACGACCCAUGCACUCUUCCCAGAGCUUUUUGAGCCCCGAGGACCAGCAACAGCGCCAUAUGCAGCAGCAGCAGCACGGUCACCAUGGUCAGCAUCCCCAGCAUGGUCAGCACUCUCAGCACGGCCAGUUCCAUGGACAACAACCCCAGAAGAGCCCUUUUGGUCACCACGCCCACCCCCAGCAUCACCAGGACCGCGAGCGAUCCCAUCAUACCCCCCAGGGUGAACAACAGCAACAACAUAUUCAGCAACAGCAGCACCACCAGCAGCAGUCAAAGCAGCAGCAGUUGCCAACUCCAGUCCAGGCCAAUGAGACCGCUGUUGAAUCAGCACCUCAGGAGCAGCCCGACUCCCCCAUCUCCAGCCUGACGCCCAGAACCCCACAGUCGAGCACUCACGAGGAGUCGAUGGUGGAAGGCGCACCUGAGCUCUGUGCCCCCUCGGCCGGAGGGCCAAUGGAAGAUGACAGCAAGAGCUCUGUCGCCGUCGUUUAA